AGCCUGAAACAGUGGCCUGAAAUAAGAUAGGGAAAGAGCAUUGGAGACAAAUCGGGAUCUCAUUACACAGAUUGCGCAUGUGUGCUGUCAAUACCUAUUCAAGGGUAUAUAAUCAACCUAUUUUUAUUGUGAACAUUGUGCAGAUAAUGCAGUCACAGUGGUAGUAACAAUUUUGUUAAGACUGUGGACAACGCUGUGGACGCACUGUAGUGGAUCUGUCACCACUCUGAAUGCUGCAAUUUUAGUCCUUAAAAAAACAGUCGACCUCAGUUAUUUUCCAUAUGAAAAUCAAAUAGUAAAAGUAUCUUUUAAUGUCAUGGUCAAUCUGAAAUUCCACCAAUCUUCCGGAGACAGACGAACGGCCCCCUAGCAUUCGGGCUCAUAUUUGACUCAAGCGGUAGCGGUGUUUGCCGAGUGCCGGACUGCAGAGGCCGAACUUUCAGCAAAAGCCGUCUGCACGAGGGCAGGUAUAUGGAUGAGAGUUGUCCUGAGAGUGGAAAAGUUAAAAUUUACGUACAGUGAAAAUUAUACAGAAAUAAAUAUCAAUUAUCAUACAAUCAACGUAUAUGGCUUCUGUCGAAGAAUUAGAUCAGUUGGACAGCGGAAUGGGCAGCAGUGACGCGCGCUCUCCAGAAGUAAAGUCGAUCCUCCCGGACGACGAUGAAGAUGAGGAGGAGGAUGAGAGCAUUGUUGAACGGUUAGCCGGUCUCACAGAAAUGUUCCCUGAGGAUGUGCGACGACUGGGAUGUACUGUCGGCUCUAGUCUCUGCAGUUUUGUAAAAGGAUUGUAUGGAUUUUCCUGUUCAGCAACUUGGCUGUUUUUUAGCUCGACAGCAAUCCUAUUUGGGCCAAUAAUAUUUGAAGUAGAGCGAGCACAAAUGGAAGAAGUGCAGCGAACGCAACAGAAACAGGUCUUGCUAGGGCCAAAUUCCGCAGUUUCUAACAUGGGCUCACCUGGCCUUCCAAUGUCUCCGCCUGUACAACGAUAGGCUGUGGUGUACUGCAGCUCAAUCCGAUGUGCAUUGAGUUUCUCUACUCAAUCGUAACACUACGAUAACUAACCAUUAUUUUCUCAAACAUUGUACAAGUUGUGCGUAGAUUCAUUACUACUUGGCCAAAACUCCGGCAAACAUAUACACAUUAAACAAAUUGUAUGAGUAUUUGUAGUUCCAAAGUCUCUCGAAAUGGGUUCAUAUCAUUUCAUGGCAUUUAAGAAUAACAUAGAGGUUUAUGGGAGUGGGGAAUACAAGAUUCAGAUUGGUUCUGACUUUUCUUUGGAAGGUAAAAAUGACGCAGCUGCUCUAGUGACGAAAUAAAUUUAUUAUAAUUGCAGUGGUCAGAUUUACUUGUGCAGUACAUUAUUUUCUCGGAGUCGUUCUUGUCAUCGCGGUAAUGCUAGUUGAUACGUAAAGCGAGGCUUUCUGACAGUUAUUAGGUUUCAUUUUAUGCAAUGUAACAAUAUUCGUUACAUAUCCUCAGAUCAAUUAAUUGUAUAAAUAUUUUUAACUAUACUUAAAAUUCUUGCUGCUAUCGUUGGGGUAGACCAUAGUUCAUAUUUAGUUAUGUCUGUACGAUAUUCUCACUUUUUGUUCGAAUGUUAACAAAAAAGCAAAUAAAAUGUUAGUCAAUUGAACAACAACGUAUCGAAAACCUUAUACAAAAAAAAAAGGAAAGGAAUAGAAAAAAUAGGUCUUCAAAAAAGUCAUCAAGCAUAUGAUUAUUAACUAUUAUGGAUGGAUAAACGGAAUGAAAAAUAAUUAGAUGUACUCCGGUUAUUAAGCAUUGAUAUAUUAUCACAGAAAAUGUGUCCAUUGCAAUAAAUUGCGUUAUCAUGA